ACCUGGGUUGGAGGCAUGCUCUCUCUCUCUCUUUCUUGCCUGCCUUGCCUCCUUUGUGGCAGCUGGAUCAGAGGGACCAUCACAGAACCCAAAGAAAAAGAUAUUUCUCUGUCUUUGUGUGAUUAUUUCAUGCCAGCCCACUUCUCCUGGAGGGACUGACUGGUUUAGUCAUGUGUCAUCAAGUCACCGCACUCAGCCUCCUGAGCCACUGUGAUUACAGUUACUUUACUUGCUUGCAGUCAUGGGUCAGUUGUUCUCUGCUACUCCUAAUCAUGCUCAACACCAAGCUUUGGUCCCUAGAUUUACGUCAUAUUUUAACAACUUCGAAAUGGGAAGCAUAAUCAUCUCUCAAAAAACCUCCAGUUUGACAGUGUCACUCCUACAAAAAGGGAACAUUCAGGAGGCAAAUUCUACAAUCAGGAAUGCUUUAAAAGAAAUUGACAAUACCCAACUCGACAUUGCUGUGACAGGGGAGUCUGGAGCAGGGAAGUCCAGUUUCAUCAAUGCCCUGAGAGGGGUUGCACAUGAAGAAAAAGAUGCAGCUCCUGUUGGGGUGGUGGAGAUGACCAUGGAGAGAACUGCAUACAAACACCCAAACUUUCCCAAUGUGAGAAUCUGGGAGCUGCCUACAAUUGGAGCCACUAAUUUAGAGCCAAAAGAUUAUCUGGACAAAGUAAAAUUUAGGGAGUAUGACUUCUUCAUUAUUGUUUCUGCUACACGAUUCAAGAAAAUUGACCUAGACUUGGCCAAGGCAAUCAAAACUACGAAGAAGAAUUUCUACUUUGUAAGAACCAAGGUGGAUUCUGAUUUACGAAACGAAGAAAUGUCUAAGCCAACUACCUUUGACAGACAAAACGUCCUGCAGCAGAUCCAAGAGAACUGUGUGAGAAAUCUGAAGAAGAAUAACAUUGAGGAACCACAGAUAUUCUCAAUUUCCAACAACAAUUUAUCUGAGUAUGAUUUCCCAAUCAUGACGGACACCCUAAUAAAGGAUCUUCCUGCUCAAAAGCACCACAUUUUUAAGUUUUCCUUGCCUAACAUUACGGAGGCAGACAUUGAAAGGAAACGGGAUUCUCAGAUGAAGUAUAUCCGGCGAAAAGCCUCCAAAGCUGGAGUAUCUGCCUUCACACCUUUCAAGAUCUUCUUCAGUAACAAGGAAGUGGAGAAGCUCAAGGAAAGUUUAAACCAGUAUCGAGUACUUUUUGGAGUUGAUGAUGCAUCCCUGAAAACUUUGGCUAAGCAUUUGCAAGUGCCAGAAGAACAACUCAAAGAAAUCAUUAAAUCUCCAACUUUGUUGGAAACUGAGAAGGAAGAAACAAUAGGGGAAAUGUUAUUGAGAUAUUUGAAGAAUUUUUUUAUACAUAAUGGAGGCCUCCUUGGUGCAGCUCUUUACUAUAAUAAAAUAUAUUAUUUGCAACUUUAUCUCCUUGACACGGUAACCGAUGGUGCUAAAGUUCUCCUUAAAGCCAUAUAUUCAGGAAAACAGUUCAAACCCAAAUCACACACAGCUGCUGACCACAACAGAACCUAAUGAUCAACACCAGAGCCAUCCUCUGCUCACAUUUUAUCUUGAAACUACCCAAUCAGCAACCCCCAUGGGAAAUCCUAGGGGAAAAGACACAUGGGCCUUAAUUCUAGGAUAAUCCCAGUGGGCAUUUUCCCUCUCUCUCUUGCUCUCUCUCCCCUUCUACCCAUCCUGCUUUCUCUCUACCCCCCUCUCCCUCUCUUCCUCCCUCUCCCACACACACAUUUUCAAGCUCCCUGUCACCUCUGCCAUUCCUCUCUGUGUCCGGACUGCACUCCUCUCCUCUCUGGAACAUGGAAAGAAUCAGCUCUUGGUUUCAUGGAUUUUGUUUCCCAUCCUCAUCAUCUCACCUGACACACAUACCUGAGCUUUAGACUCCCUCCUGCCCUCAUCCAUCCUGUGAAGACAGAGACUAUCAUAGCUUUUGGCCACUCUCAAUAGGGAGACCUCAACACCAAAGUAGAAAGAAACCCAUAACCAUAGGAAACACAACUCAAGAUAAAUGAUUUUUAACGAGUUUCUAUGAAUCCUAUUUAGACAGAAUCUUUUUUGAGACAAUAACUAAAGGAAAUCUAUGAUUCUGUAUUGGAAGCAAUGGGGAGCCCUAGGAGAGCUCUCUGGUUAGAGACUACUGCUGAUCUUUUGAUUGUUGUGAUGGUAAGGAAUUGCUUUAAUCCAUAUCUAAUGCCAGAAAGUAUUUGCUGAUGCGAUUUUAUAUUCUCAAUACAUCAUGACACUUCAUAUG